AUGAAGCAAAUUUGUAGCUUUUCUUUGAAUCAGCUUGAGAACCAUGUGGAAAGAGAUACUGCCCUUAUUGAAGCAGCAAGAGGAGGAAACUGUGAUGUUGUAGAAUUACUGCUGAAGAAAGGAGCUGAUCCAAACACGAUUGGAGAUACUGCUCUUAUUGUAGCGGCAGAGGAAGGAGAUUAUGACGUUGUAGAAUUGCUAUUGAAUAAUGGAGCUGAUAAGAAAGCUGCAAAUUUUUUUGGAAAAACUGCUCUAGUCGCAGCUGUAAGAGAAGGACAUGAAAAGGUUGUGCAGUUAUUAUGUGAUGAAGCUGAUCCAGAUAUUACAACUCAUAAUAAUGAGUUAUAUGAAGCUGCUGCAAGAGGUGAUUCUACUGUUGUCCAGUCUGCACUGUCUCAAGGAGCUAAUGUAAACUAUCAGAAUCCGGAAGAGUCUGGAGCUACUUCUCUUCACGUUGCUGCAAAAAAAGGAUAUCAUGAUGUUGUAAAAAUUUUAGUGUCUGCAGGAGCUGAUGUGAAUCUAAUAGAUGCAGAUGAAGUUACUGCUCUUAUAGACUCAGCAAGAGAAGGGCACUAUGGCAUUGUACAAUUACUGCUGGAGAAAAGAGCUCGUCCAAACACUAUUGGAGAUACAGCGCUUAUUGCAGCAGCAGAGGAAGGACAUUAUGACAUUGUACAGUUGCUAUUGAAUAAUGGAGCUGAUCGAAGCACUGCAAAUUAUGAUGGAGAUACUGCUCUUAUUGAAUCAGCAAGAGAAGGACACUAUGAGAUUGUACAAUUGCUAUUAAGUAAUGGAGCUGAUCGCAAUGCUUCAAAUUUUUCAGGAGAAACUGCUGUAGUUGCAGCAGCAACAGAAGGACAUAAUAAUAUUGUACAGUUGUUAAGUGAAGAAGUUGAUCCAAUUCCUGUGAGUAAUUAA